UGCACGAUGAUGUUGCUAUUUCCAGCCCGGCACUAGCUGCACUACUGACCCUGUCCGAAAGCUUGUUAUGCCACCGCGUACUCCGCAAUGCUCGUUAUGUCAUUAAAUCUAUGUAGACUGACGGAGACUUUAUAUCUAGCUGAUACCCAGUAAUGGCAGAGUUGUCUCAUCUCCUAUCUACUACCUUUCCUCAUGGACUUCUGUUGUUCCAGUGAGCUAGAAACAGCCUCCCUAACGCUCAUUCAAUGUCCAGCUUUCUCUCCCUCUGUUGCUUUGGUAGUUCCACUGCCCUGGACGAAAGAGAAGCACCUCGUGCCAACCGUAUCUCACGAGCAGAGCAGAAAAGAUGGUCCGGCGAGAUCACCCAAAUGAGCGAGGCUCUUCGCAGUAAUGAUACCAUCUCGAGGCUACCUACUGCUGCAGAUAUGGACAGGGCUGAAGCCAUUCGAAAGGCCCGGACGAACCGCAUGAGCAGAUUCGAGAAUAAUCCCACUCUCUCGCAUUCAUUUCGGAGAGCUUCAUUCGACAGCGAUACGUCUGAUGAUAGCUCAACCGCCUCGGGAGCCUCAAGCAGCCGCAGACCAUCCUUCGUUGAGUCUAUCGAGAGCUCCCGUCGUACUUCAGUCUCUACACACAGAUCGUCACCCCGACCAAGCUACGGCUCAGCAGACAGCUUCGACGAUCCCAAGCAGAAGAACCGCAUCAGUCAAGCACUCUCUAUCAACAGCGGCCGCAUGUCCCAAGCUCGCCGGUCCACGAUACACCGCGACUCCAUGGCACGUAGCAUCAGUAACCGUAACAGCUUCUUCGCCGACAUGUUUCGUAAAGACCAAGAGCCAAUGGAAGAGCCAGAUCCCGCCAUGAAACGCAUCAGUGCUCAUGGCCAUGAUAUCGAGAAGCUACUAAGAAAGGAGCACGAACAACAGAUCAAGAAUACUACGGACCCAGACGAACGGAGACAGGCCGUGGCACGCGAAAGGAAGCGUCGUGCGUACUGGAACCGCGCCCAGGGCCACAACCCUGGUCGGUGAGGUGACUGCAGCUGGUCUGCAGUGUAGCAUAGCGAACGAGUUUCUUUGGCGUUGAGGGAUAAUGAAAGACGCAAACAGCACACGCACGCCCCGAAUACUACAUCACUGACACACCUUGGGUUAUUUUCGCAUACAACAUACAACAUACUUUUUCAAGGGCAGAUUGGGCAUGCGUGUCGCUCAGCAUAGAACUGUGCGGCCGUGGAACUGUAUAUUCACACCUAUAUCAUCGCGCUUUUACUGUUUUCAUUCUCAUA